ACAAUAAUUUAAUGCACAAAAAUAAUAAUAAAUAUUAUUUUUAUUGUGUUAAAAUUGAUUAUGCAAAAUGUGAAUGAGGCUGUUGGAUAGUGUGUGCAGGACUUCCAAUCAAAUUAAAAAACAGGAAAGAAAUUAGUUAAAUGCAUUAAGAAAAAAAAUAAAGAAAGGAAGAGAGCAUUAAGAACAUGAAUGAAAAUACAGAAAAAGAAGCAAAUAAGAAGAGAUGGAGAUUAAAUAGAUCAAUAGUAAAAAGGAUAUAAAGUAGAGAUAAUGCAAAAUAUGAAUGCAGAAGAGAAAUAGAGAAGACAUUGACAGCAAAUAGGGAAGGAAGGAUUAGAGGAGAUGGACAGUGAGGAAGAGAAAGAAAAAGAGAAAGGAAGAAUUUAGGGAAGAGAGAAGGAAAACAAAAGGAAGGAAAAGUGAUUAAGAAAAUAAAAGGAAUAAAACUCCACAUUGACAGUGAUUAUCUAAGAAAAACAAAAAAAAAUUGUUUUUCAAAAUAUGUCUCUGAAGAAUUGAAUGCACAAUGACUUAACAACCCCGGUAUUCCCACAUUUGUAAAUUGUUUUCAAAUAGUACUCAAAUCUUGACCUGGAUAAUGUGUAUUGAACUUUACAGCAGUUCAACAUUACUGUAAGUCACGCUUGAUUGCACACACAAAGAAACAAGCACAAGCCUAUACCAGGUCACAUGACUAAAGUAAACCUGGGAAAAACCCACACAUUCCACUGAGACACUUUGUAUGUGCUGUGUGUGGUUAAACUAAAGGAAUAAGUGAGAAUAAAUCUCGCAGCAUUAAAUCAGCAGCUGUUCAUGACAACAUGGCAUUUAGUACAGCUGAUGCAAAUUUCAGAAGUCUUAUGUUGACAGUGUCAAAUUGGUUUGAUGGUUAUAGUGAUGGAGUAACACAACAAUUUGGUCUGCAACAGUUAAUUAAAGAAAAACAUCCAUCAUUCCAAAUACCAGAAGAUAUCAGGAACAUUGUUAUAACAGAAUUUACGCAGCAUAGGCAAAGACUUAUAAAUCUGGGAAUGGUAAUGACUCCAGAUGAAGUAGAACAGAUUGGUGUACUGUAUAACAUUGCAAAGAAACAUGCAGCAGAUAGAUGGAGUUUCAUAAUGGCUCUAGAGCAGAGUAUGAUAAUCUGUGAAGGAAAGAUGGAGGCAUUCAUUAAAACAUUGAAGGAAAAUGGCUUCCCAAAGGCAGUAGAAGUUCUAACAGAAGGUACUAUUAAUUUUAAGAUCAAUUUAUAA